AUGCGCGCAAACUCUCAGCAAUGCCGGCAUUUUCUCCACCGGCAAGAAUACCACGAGCGAGGACUGCUUGUGCGUGAAUAUCUGGACGCCAACAUACAACGAUACCUCGAGUCUCACAAGCAAGAAUCUCCCCUAUUUUUCUGGGUCUAUGGUGGCCGGUUCGCGGGCGGCUCCGGAGAUGUUAUCACCUAUGAUGGCACGGGCCUGGCAUCGAAAGAAAUCAUCGUCGUGACGAUCAACUACCGUCUUGGUUCUUUUGGCUUCCUUGCACACCCUAAGCUCUCUGCUGAGUCUAGACGCAACAGCUCUGGCAACUAUGUAUCUUGGACCAACAAGCGGCACUCCAAUGGGUCCACGAAAAUAUCUGGAGCUUCGAUUCUAUGUGGAGUCCGCUCAUUAAGGGUCGUGCUCAUGGCGUUAUUGCGGAAAGCGGCGCUCGUGGGCCACACGAUCUUCGAAAACACCCAGUUCGAGAACUUGACAUCCGCAUUCAUGGAAUCUCCCAUGUGGCGUCCCAACCUCGACGGCUAUGUUUUCCCGCACACCUACGGCAAAGCCCUUCGCUUGAACGCUCAUUCCGAUAUCCCGAUCCUCACUGGCAACAAGGACGAAUCCGGUGUCAGCGAGUUUUUCCAGCUUUAUCCUGCAAGUAACAACACCCAGGCCAGCGAGAACAGCAAUGAGCUUUUCCGCGAUCUCAGCAGGAUCGGAACCUGGCGCUGGGCAGUCAACUGGGCGGCCGGAGGUGCAAAGAGCAACGUGUAUACGUACUAUUUCACUCGCGCUCCUACUGAUAAUCGCGAGGAAGGGGCAUACCAUGGAUCUGGGAUCUGGUACACAUUCAACGACAUCCCGUACUCUGAUUACUCGAACGUCACCUGGUAUGAUUAUGACUAUGUUUUUGAGCGUCUGGGCCAACUUUAUCCGCAAGGGCAAUCCCAACGGUGA